AGCGAGGCGAUCUGUCCGCCGCAGUUUCGCGACAAAAAUCGAACCUGCUGUUGUACACCGGUGACGAUCGCGACGGCACCACGACACCAGACCGACCGAGCCACCGAGGAUCCACGCGAAGACGACAACGCAUCGAAAUGAGGGCUACGGAGGUUUUCGCCGCUCUUGCGUUGCUGGUGCUCGGCUCCGCCGGCGCUGCAGUAGUCGACAACGGUACGUAUCUUUGGCGUUGCUUGAUCCAUCUGUGACGGCGUUGGUGUUGUUCAUUUUUAAAUCCGAAAUUUUCUGAUGGCAUCAAAGACGGCUCUAUCACUCAUCGUGUUUGAGAGCCGAUUAAUGAAAUACGGUGCACUGUAAACGUGUUUGUUAUCUCAUUUUUUUUUUCUUACGGCGAUAGGGCGAUUACGGCGUAGUAUAGGAGUCGAAAGUUGCGGGUUUCUCCUGAAAAUUUCUGGGAACAAUAAAAUCAUUAUUGUAAACGGGGCUAAAGGAGUACACACGCAUUGUUAUAGCGGUGUUUUUUCGCGUUGAAAUUUUUUUUUUCGAUCGGUUUUUUAUUUGAUUUUCUGAAAUGUAUUGUUUUUUUUUUUUUUUUUUUAAUUAUCUAAAUUUUCCGACAUUUUGAUUUCUACAUAAUAUAACAGCAAUAAUAAUACAGUAUACAGGGACGUUAUAUCGCAUGAUACGAAUUGUAUAACACAUUUACGUAGGUAGAUUUUUAUUUUUAACAAAUGUAACUUUAUUUCUACCGGUUUCGAGGUUCGAAUGAUAAAUGGAUUAGAUUGCGUAUAGCACGUUCAUGUAAUGAUUGUAAUGUCUAAUAACAAGGCGAAUAAUUAUACCUGUGCCAAACUGUGCAUUGAAGUUUUUUUUUGUAUUCAAAAAAUUAAUUAAACAACCGAUAUUAAUAUUUAGUAAUGGAAAUAAUAAUAAAAUCGUUAUUUCUUGUAACGCGUUUAUAUAAAAUAAUACCAUAAAGUAUGAACAAUGGACUCAUUAUGUAUGAAGGUACUUCGUGCGUUCCGAUGCCUUCAAAUAAUAUUAAUGACGAAUCCCACGGAAAAAAAAAUUUAAAUGGCGUCCCUGUAGUACCAAUGUAAUAGUCUGGUAUUUACUAUUCUGAAAUGUUGGUAAAAACAUUUAAUAAAUUAGAAUUCGUAACGUUUUCAAAACAAUCGACUGAAAAAAAGUAGGAGUUGGGGCAAACGUUAAAAAAAAUUCCAAGGGGGGUUGAAUAUCCCCUGUGUUCUCCAUAAAAUUUUUUUUGUAUUUUUAACUUAAUAUGAAUAAAUCUAUCGAAAAUCCAUUAUUUUCACAAACACAAUCUUUGUAGAGUGGUAUUUGUAAUUAUAUAUUAUAGAAACGAUUUUUUAAAGAACGCCACAGGCGUGAAUAAUCCAAAUAUAUUUGAGAUACCUAAAAUAUAUAUUAGGUAGGCUUAAGCUCCCGUACAAUUGGUUAUGUAUAGUGUACACUUAGUAUUAAAUUUGGGAGAAGUGCAUAAUUCAACCAUUUUCAUCAAUGACGAAAAUUAUAAAAUAGGCAAAUUCAAAACUUAUUUGAUUAACCUUUCAAAUAUUCCAAAUGCGUAUAUUGAUAAAUACCCUCAUAUGUAUACGGACUGAAUAAUAACCUAACCUAACUUAACCUAACAAUGAUUAAAGGUCAACUGACAAUGAUUUACGAGUAAGUAUUGCAUGUCAAUCGUACUUAUCUGAUUAAAGUUGAUGGCAACGACCAAUAAACUCUUGCAGAUGUGCAAUUUAGGAAAUUAAUUCUCGUGGUUACUACAUAGAAAAAUGAAUUAUAAAUAUAUGGGGUGUGGGUUCACAACAUGGCAUCAUAACAAAUUAGCAUGGAUGUACAUUUUUGGAAGAUAAUUGUUUUAGAAAAAAGCUGCGUACAGCCUUCGAAAAUAUUUCCCACUUUAAAUUACAUUGUGUUUAAACUCCAAUAGGAAACCUAUACCUAUGCUAUAAUUCACGUGAUAAAAAAACGUAAUAGAAAAUAGAAAACCCACAGAUAGACAAACGGAUCUGACCUUUUAAGUUAUAAGAUAACGAAUUUAAGAACUCAGAAAAAAGCUAUUUAAAAGUAAAAAAAAAAAUUGUUUGUGUAUCAAUAUUCUAUGUACCAAGGUACUAAGUAGUGUGAUACAGAUAUAUAGCUGACGUGGCUUCACAUCGCAGACUACUUGGGCUAAGUAAUAGAAAAAAAAGUGCUGAUCAUCAUCAUCACGUAAUAUCGUACGAUAAAAUUAACACUUAUAUUUUGGGUAAGGGACUUCUAGCAUUGGCAUAUUAUUUUUGAAAAACAAAAAAAAUAGCAGAGUUAAACAUAAAUACUGUGCAUUUUGUAAAGAAUCCAAAUUCUAAAUUUAAUUUUGCAUAUAAUUGCAUAUUUUAGCAAUAUGUAGCUUUUAAAUGCUAUAAAAAGACAUACACUCAUAUAUUAUCUUAUGUAUGCCAUGUAUUAAACACGCUUUUUUCGAUUUGCAUUAUUCUAAUUCAUACGCACUGAUAUUUGAUAGCAUAGUCAAAUAAAUUAUAGUAAAAUAAUAAUUUCUUUAGUUAACAAACAAUCAUUGAGUUUGAUCAAUAACUCUCAGAUGAUUCAUCUAAAAACAAAGUUUUCCCAUAAAUAACAUUAAUAAUGAAAAAAAAAUAAAUAAUAGUUAGGUUUUUAGUAUUCAAUUUCAAUAAAAACAAUUUUUUUAAAGCACAUUUAUAUGUUUUUUAGAGAUAGACGUCCCUAAGCCUAUAUUUAUAUAUACAUCUCGUCAUGUCCAAUGAUUUUGUCCGUUAUUUAUAUAUUCACUGAGCAUCAUAAACAUUCAGUCAUCUUUAAUCGUACCGCGUAGUCCAUUAUGUGGUUAAAUCGAUCGCAGGUUUCAAUUGAAUUAUUAUUAUUUCCCAUCGAUCUUUAACUUAAUAUUGUAAGCACGCCAAUCGAUUAAUUUCAAUACCUACCUAAAACGAGAAUAUAGGUUCCUACCUAUGUAUAUAUUAUGAUGUGUGACAAGCGUGACAAGCAGAUGCAGAUCUCUAAUUUUAAUAAUUAUAAUGUAUAGAUAAACGUAUAAUAAAUAAUUAUUUGUGUUAUACAUUUUGUAAUAUAUUAUUAGAUACUUACCUGACUUAAAUAUUUUAUGCGAUAGGUACCACUUACAAGUUACAGCUAUAGGUAUACUAUACAAUUAAUUUUAUUUCUUGAAUAAUAUAAUUAAUGGGUAUACGAAAAUAUUUCUUUUUUAUUUUGUCAGCUACAAAUUAUCGCGCAAUCAAUGGUAAUGAUAUAUGAUGUAUAAUUAUUUUCUUUCAAAUACAUUUUACAUUUUCAUACCUAUAAUACGUCAAUAUACUUUAAGGCCGAAUUUUACACUUCUUAUAAUAUAACAAAAACGCUUAUAUUUUUUUUUCUAUCCGCAAAUGUCUGUUCGAAAUGAAGAUAACAACAAAUUACUGUUAUUAUUUUAAUUUUGAUUUGAUUUUCAGACGAUAUAUAGAACUUUUGACAUUAAUAUAAAAUCUGAAAUAAAUAACAAAUUACGUGUUUUCCAUAUAAACAUGUUUUAAAUUUCACUUUUUACUAAUCCACUCAUUAGUGUUUACCAAAAGAAAAGUUUAAAUCGACCGUAUGCAUAUAAUAUGUAGGUAGGCAUAUAUUCAUCAAUGUGUUACGUAUUAUAUUUUCAAAUAUAGGAUUGAAUAAAAAAUAAAACCCAGCCUCUGGAGUAUAAAAAAAAAAAAAGAAAUUAUUAUAAAUAGUUAUUAGGAAAUGUUGUUUAUAUUACAAUAUUUACUGCAGUCUUCACCUUUUAAAUUCGAAUGUUGUCUUAAACUGCUUAUAUGUUGUCUUUACAUUACUCAAUAUGGAAAAUAAUAAAACUGUAUGCACAGUAUAUUAUAGUAUAAUAUAAAUACACGAAUAUUAUCGCGGCCUAACAUUAUUCUAUACUAUAUAAUAUUAUUAUUAUUAAGGUGCAGAAACGAGUUUUUCGGUUGACUUCGGUCCGAACAUUAAACCAAAUGUAUUUAUGUAUUUUGUAUAUGUAUUUAUAAUGUAUUUUAAUGUCUUACGAAACCUAGUUGAAUUUCUGUUGUUGACGAAAUGAAAAAAAGUCAUAAUAAUUGUACAACUCGCGCAUACGAAUUGAUGAUUUAGCUAUAAACGGAACAUAAUAAAAUAAUAAGCGUAGGCGAAAGAAAAAUAAUGACGUUUUUCACUUAAAAGUGACAAAAUACGUUCGCGUAUAGGUGGACCGCGACAAUAUUUUAUACAAUAAUUUUUUUUUUUUUUUUUUUAAAUUCGAUUUAAAUUGCGUUCGAAUAGAAAUGGGUAGGUAGAUACAAUAUUGCACUUACAACGAUAAUAAAUUGUAUAUGCAAUUAUUAUCUAAUGUGAGUAGGUGCACUAUAUAAUUUAUAAAUAAUCACACGAAUAUACUACGCAUAUGUGCAGGGUUAAAUAUUAUAUUUGAACAAAAAAAUCAAAAAAAAAAAAAAAAAAAAAAAAAAAUCCCUAUGUUUAUAAUGUGAAUACGCCUUUACUUAAAACUACUGCAAUCUGAUUCACUUUCACUUUUAAAAGCGUUUUAGACUACAGUUGAAAUACACCUAUACUAGUGCACGUAAAAUCGUUCUUAUAUUGUUGGAUGGUGCGGUCAAACUUCGAACGGGUGGUUUACCUACGUUAUAACGAUAAACUACCUAUUAUAGACGCAAUGGAUCUCUACAACAUGAAAACUAUACACAAGCGCGCGGUUCGUAAAGUAUAAUAAACAAUUAUGUAGGUACGUCGUCGAAACACAGACUCGCUCGUUGUUUGACGGCUGGAUCGAUCGAACUUGUCAUGCGUGUGUGUGUGUGUGUUUGUGUUUGUAUGGGACAUGUGUGGGCACAGACGUCCAAUUGAGAAUACCGCAGUUCAAUAGAAAUAUUCUUUAUCUUAACGUAGCAUUUAAGAUUUUAAUGUCGGAUGACGGUGCGCUUCCCCGACGAUCGAUGUAGACUCGAUGUAAUAUUAUACCGAUCGCGAUGCCCACACGCGGUAACGAAUCGAAUACAAUAUUAUAACACAAUAUAGUACCGUUUUUGUCGAUCCACGGCAAAUUUAAUGUCGUUCUAAAUCCAUAAGCAAUCAAUACCUGUACUAUAGUGUCUUUAAUAUUAUGUUCGCAGAUGCCACGAGAAUCGUGAAGGAAGCGGUGGUCUCCGACAUGUUCACCAUAGUGAUUCGGGACGAAGGCCCGCCGUCCGGACAGAAACACCGCAAACCCGAGACAGUGGCCACCAUCGACUUUCUCAAUACCUAUCAUUUCGCGUUGAAAAUCGACAGGUCCGAAGGACAAGGUACGUACAUACAUUUAAUAUGCACGCAUAGUAUAAUAUACCCGCUUAAUAUUAUAAUUAUAUGCUCGGGCGUUAUUCGAUACGGUUUGUGUGCGCUUGUACGCAUAUGAGUGUGGAGCGGGCAGCAAAGAGGAGAAAAAAAACCACCGUCGCGAACGUAAUAAAUCUUCACCCUAAAACCGCCGGAGUUGAUCAUGCGCCCGGUGCGUAGGUUUCGUGGAUAUCGUAUACUAUAAUACACUCGUGUAAUAUCUUCUGUGUGCGUGUGUGUGUAGUGGCUUGUCUUGCUGUAUGUACGUCCGAUACCGAUACGGUAUUAUAGUCUCGAUACUCUAAAAAAAAAAAAAAUAUUACCUCAUGUGGAAAUCGAAAAUAUCGUACACGCGCAGGGACUUAUCACAACUAAAAAAAAAAAAAUAAAAAUACAUUUUACGAGAUGAUAGGAUGCAUUGUAUUGCGAACGGAUGUGCUUGUGCACUUGUACGAGUUGCUCGAGUUUCGUAUAUUAUAUGGGAGUAUUAUGACCACGACUGCUGCAGUUAUUAUACAGAUGAACAAGAUGAACAGAUGUACAGAUGAACUGUACAGUCUUCGAAUUGGUCGUUUGAUACACGACACCGGAAUUUUGUCAUUCGUUUUUUAUAAAUAUACGUAAGCAUAAACUGACCGUAUAUUCGGGUUUUUAAACAUGCGUUUUUCAAAGUAAACCAAAAACUCCUAAUUGCAGGUCCCAAUAUGUGUAAAUUCGUUGUACAUCACAUUUUUCAUUCAUUUUUUUUAAUUUUUAAUUUUUUUUUUUUUUACUAUUAGUCGUCAUUAGUCUACCAAUAUUCUAAUUGUUUAAAUAAAAUUACUAUAUUACGUUUAUAUAUAUAUUGGUAUUUUAGUCGUUUUCAGGCUUUACAUUUUUUUUUUUUUUAAAUCCUUACGUACGAUUGUUUUAGUAAUAUUACAGUAUAAUAAUAUUAUAAUCUCCAAUAUAAAUAAAAUAAAAUUAUUGUUUGUCUAUCCGACUGUGCACAAUCAUAAGGGAGAAGUCUUAUAAUUUGCUUACAAAACCUGAUUGAUAUGUGCACCGUGAAGCCGAAUUUCCGAAAUUCAACCUCUAAAGGCGACUCACACAGGAUUUCUCGCAUUAUUAAAAUGAAAGUUGAAAUAUUUAUAUCGAUUUAUAGUGACACGAGGAUGAAAAAAUAUAUUUAUUAUUAGUCAAUUCGGUUGUAACGUUGUCUGAAAUUAGUUUUAUUGAUAACGGUAUUUAAAAUGAUUUAAAAAAAAAAUCUUCUUUUAAAUGGUCCAAAAAAGGGGAAUUAAAUUGACAUGAAAACGUCGGGCCAGUACAGCUAGUGUAUUAAUAUUAAUGAACUCGUCCAAUUUUAUUUUAUAUGGACCAAUAAACCGUUAGGUCCAAAAAUGUCAAAUGGCCCGUUUAUAAAUACCUAUAUGUAUUUUUCGAGGACCACAUUGCUCGAGUGAUUCAAUUUAUAAUGUAUAUAGGACCUACUCAUACAUACGUAUACAAUAUACAUUAUAGUACAUAUAUUUUUGACACAAGGUACUGCAAUAACAAAUUUUGUUAUUAUACUGAAUGAUACUGUUUUUUCUUCUUUAUAUAAAAAUAUAUACAUUAAGAUCUAGCAGAAAUUAUAUAAUUUUAUUGAACAAAUUAUGUUUUAAUAGAUUUUACGGUAUCAAAACGAAAACUGAUAAAUAAAUUAUAAUAUAUUUUCAUGUCUAACCAAGGUUAGGUAAAGAAAGUAAAGGGAAGUCGCUAGAGAAAAGAAAGGGGAAGUCAAGCAAAAUAUUUGAGACACAGGUACCUAUUAUUUAUUAAAAUAUUAAUAAAUAAUUUACAAAUUAUAUUUGAACACAGGUUUUAAAAACAGUUAGCUAAUUUGUUUUCAUUCUCAACCGAAAAUGUAUUUGGAUAUAAUGGAUUUCUUCCAAGUUUAAAUGUACCGUAAUUUUGUCUUUAAAGUUUACCAUGAAGUGUGAUUCUGCAACAUCAAAUGUGCGACUAACAUCACAUAUUUUGCGUCCCAAUUUUAUAGCAAUUAUAGUGACUUGUAAUACUAUUGUUCUAUGGUUAAUUCUUCUUUAACUGUCUUACUAGUAUACAAUCUACGCAUUUUAAAACCUAAAAAAGAAAAAAAAAUAGCUAUUAAUACUUGCAUAAAAUCAAAUACUCCUAAUGUGUGAUCAACAAUUUUAAAACACGGAUAAAACAAUUCAUGGUGUAUUGAAACUUAUCACAGUUUUUUAAUACAUCUGUAGAGAAAAAAAAUAUUAUCAAUGUUAUUAUUAUGAUUUUGAUUUUUUUCAACUAAACUUAGUUCAAAUUUAUCUAGAAAAAUAUUGUAUUGCGUGGCAUAAUAUAAUUCGCAUGACGUCAUGACCAUCAAAGAGACAAAAGAAUAUCGAGGUAAUAUUAUAAAAAUCAGUGCACCGCUGUGUAGAUAUAUAUAUAUAUAUAUCGUUACGAAUGACGCAUUAUUUUAUGGCAUCUCUCGCUGCCGUUUUGUGCAUAGAUAUAUGUACCGUCCAUAAUAAUGCAAAAAAAAAAGAGUAGCAAACUAUAAGGAAAAAACGGAGAAAAAACACAGAGAUCGCGGCAAAUUCCUUCGAAUAUCCAGUUAGACAUACGUCCUUAAAAGGAUAAACCACCGGACAAUCCCACGACAUCUCGUGCAUUAUACGCUCGCCUAUUAAAGUUCUUGACGAACGAAUGAAGACGGAAAACAAUCACUAGAGGUUGCUAGGCACGUGUAUGUGAGUGUGCGUGUGUGUGUAUAAUAGCGAGAGGAAAAAACACCGAUAAAUAGUUUGCAGUAUCCGGGCGAAAAGUCUUAUUAUUUAGAGUCUAGUCUGUAAAUAACCUCGCGGAUUAAGAAGAAAUUUGAAUAACAUAUUAUAUUAUACAGAAUGGACAACAAGCAUUUAUGACACAGAUACACGUAACUUGAGCGUGUGAAACUUCCAUAUUUAAUUUAUUCAAAUUAAAUAAAUGUGGGAAGAAUGUUAUCGGUUUUUUUUUUUUUUUUUGGUCAAGUCGUAUAGGCACGCAUAGCGCCACGUGAGCCACGUUUUGGUAGUUAAACAAUAAAUUAUUGUAACCGUCUGACACAAUCGUUUCAGAAUCAAAAUAGAACAUAGGUAUAUAAUUUUAUUAUCAUUCAAAAUAACUUUACCUAGAUGUAUACAUUAGAAAAGGAAAAACCAUAAAAUUAAACUGUUUUAAACAAAAAUAUAUCUAUUUUGUUUUUUAUUAACAUUAUUUAUGUAAAUUUAUGUAUUCGUAAAUAAUAUAGUUAUCAUAUCGACCAAGAGCAACGGCAACACGCAAACAGAGUAUUAUAAUGUAAAAUCUGUGGGAAAUACGACGUUGUCAUUGAGAACUUUAGUGUUGGCCGUUGAUCAAAGAAAACCCAAAGCCACCAUGACGCUGUACGUCAACUGUGAGCACUUUGGUACACUUCACACGAUCAAAACCCUGCGGGAAGUGUACUUCGACAUGAGAGAUCCUAGUUUGCAGAUGGUGAGUAAUUGGAAAGAAAAAACCUAUCGUACCUUUAUAAUAAUAAAAAUACCAAAUGGUGUCAGUAAGAACGGUAAUUUAUUUUACUACUGUUUUUGGUGUUGUUUGAUUGACGAUAAUGUUUUUAUCAUUUUCUAAAGUAUUCAACUCUAUCGUUUAUCACUCUAGUGAAUUAUUUUGUAAUUAGUUUUUGUUUUCACGUAAUCGUGGAUCGUUUAUCACGUGAAACGCGUGUGUUGGUGUUCACCAAAAUGGUUCUCGAUUUGGAGAGAUCGAAACUACCAUCGAAGUUAUGUGACCUCACGCCGUGUGAUUUCUUCCUACGGUGUUUCAUAAAAUCUUAAGUUUACGAAAAAAAACUCGAACUAUCGAACAAUUUAAACAGUUCUCGAAGACCUCACUAAGAAGAACUGUGAACAGGUCAGGGGAGGGGUUUAUUCAAACGUUAUAAUAAAUUUAGCGUAGUUACACUGGAGUUCGUACACUAUACAAGUCUAUGUAUAUUUAGUUUUGUUUAUCUUUUUUUAAAAAAUUAAGCGUUUCCUAAAACUGAAAAUUAAAUAGAAAUAAUAAGAAACUAGUUGUUAUGAUAAUGGUAACGUUAUUGGAUAAUAUUGAAGCAUGAUUAUUGAUUAUUAUCAAUUAACAAUAGCACCUAUAAUAAUUCAAUGUUAACGAUUGCAUAAGGUAUAACGCAUCACGCAGAUUUUGAUUUAUGAGCGCAGUCUGUAUUAUUUAUUGUGAAUUUAUUUAGAUUUUUAACCAGACAUUACCAUAAACAGAUAAAACGCAAAUAUUAUUAUGGUAAUAUAAUAUAAUGAUGAUGUCUCACACGGUAGAAUAUAAUAUAGAAAUUUUAUUUUUCCCACGGCUGUAUACUAUACGCACAUUUUAUUAUCUAUAUUCUUUAAAUCUUCACUAAUGAUUUACAUAGAUAUUCACUGAAGUUUCACCAAUCGUACGGGAAAAAAUCUACCUACCGGUAGAUAUCUGAAAAACGGAGAAAUGUACGACAUUGCACAACCUGUUUUAACGACACUCAUUUUAGUUAAUUUUAUGAAUACAUAGCUACCGAACUAGAGGUUUCGAACCAAAAAAAAUAAAAGUCAUUGUUUUAAAUUAAUUUUUUACCGAUUAGACGCACGAAAAAAGAUUCGGAAUUCAAGUGCACCCGGAAGAAUACUGGAAAACUACUCUAAAGAAUCUACAAUGUACAGUGGCUGAUGAUGACUGGGAUAAUGCAGAGAGCCUCGCCAUGCAGCCAAAUACGGUUACCGAAAUAGGAAUAAAAAUGCCGAAUAUCGGAAGGGGUAAAUUGCUAAAAAUACAAAAAACAUAUCGUUUUAAUAUAUUAUUAUUGUACAUUUAUAUAAUUUGCAGGCGAUAUUCCGAUCAGUCACGAUUGCGACGGUAAGUAGAUAACACGAGACUAUUCGAUUAACUAAUCCCGACUGCACGAUUAAAAACAUUACUUAUGUUCUCUAUAUAGAUUUGUUUUUCGUAAAAACCAUUCAAGAGCUGAUGCAGAUUGUCAAGAAACUCAGAGAAGAAGUCGAAGCUCAGGUGAGUGAAAAAUUCGACCGAGGAUAAACGUAUGUUUCGAGUAAAUAUGUGUAAUGUAUAUAUAUAUAUUUUGUUUUUUUAGCGUCUCGAGAUUUAUAGACUACGUCAGUUGCUCGAGCGGUGCGAUGAUUUCUGCAGGCCAGGUAUAAGGAACUACUAGGCUCACGGUGAUCCAGGGCUGGACUUCGACUCUAGUUAUUUCAAAUCAUAUCAUUUUAAUAAUUAUAGACCACUUAAAAAUGACCUAUAUUUUUUUACUAUAUAUACUAACUUCUCAUUAAUAAUAUAAGAAAAAGUCAAACCUAUAGUGAUGGUCUAAUCGUUUGUAACCUAUAUAUUGCACUGUUGUGAUUAUUUUUACGUAAAUAAAAUUUUUCAUUUUUUUUUCUUUUUAAUAUCAUUUUUAACAAAUUUUUUUUUUAUAAUACAUCAAAUACCACCCAAGUCCAGCCUUGGUCAACGUAACGUAGUGUAGGUAUACAAUAUUAUAGUGUAAUAACAUGUAUUAUGUAAAAUUGUUUUUUUUUUUUUUUUGUCCAAGGCUGGUCUUUGGGAAUAGGUAGUAAUGUAGUAUUAAUAAAUAAACUAUUAAAUAGGUAGUAGCAGUACCAAUUAACAUUGCAUAUUGACUAGUAAAAAAAGGUUAUUUACUCCAAUACAACUGCAUCCAAUAGUACCUACUUAUCGAUAUUUGUAUACAUAUAUACAUAUACACACAGGGUGGUUCACUAAGCGUGCUCGCCCCAUUUUUUUUUUUUUUUUUAUUAAAUGCUGCAUACAUUUAAAUUCUGAUUUUUGGAAUUUUUAAGUGUAGUUAAAGCCAAAAUUUUCGAAUACUUAGAUUUUCCACAACAUUUAAAGAGUAUCCUAUGGUGAUACCACCUUUGUUUUAAAAUGAGAACCUAUAUUGAAAAUUCCAAAAUAGACGGGGUAUUACUUUCAAUACAUUUUGGUGUUAAAAUUUUUGAUUUUCGUCAACCCAUUCACGAGAUAUUUCAUUUUUAAGUUUAAGAAGGGGGAAAGUAGUGGAGUAUUAUUUAUGUGGCGGCACGGCACGAGGCGUUCUAUUUAACGCUCCACUACUCUGCCCCAAUGCACCGACUAGCACAAAUUUUCUCUCAGAAUAGGUGCUACACUUGAUAAUCAGAGUUUGCUAGUAGAAAAGUUGCUCAGACACAAAAAAAAAAACACACAUAAUAGUAAAAUCAAUAAAACCAUCGCCACGCUUCGAAGUGACGCUACGAGAAACCAAUUAUAAAGUUGAUAACAAAAGCUACGCUCAGAAUCUAAAAUAAAAUGUAAACAGUUGAAAUGUAUAGGAAGAUUAUUAUUGUUUUGUUAACGAUAUUUAUUUAAUACUUCAAAAUAAAAUUUAAAUCAUUUCUUUCAAAAAACAAUAAAGUCGUGUUCAUGCACACAGAUUUUGAUUACUGGCAGUCAAUGCAGAAUGCAGUUAUCUGCGUGAUUGUAAUCAAUUUUAGUAGGUAUUUUAAUUUGAAACAUUUAAAAACCGUUUUCGAAAUUCAAAACAAUAUUUUUAAUAAAACUAUAUAAUUAUAAAAAACGACAGUAACUAUCUACCAAUCAUUAUUAAGUUAAUCACUUUUUAACAUGUAAGCCGCUGUGUGUAAUAGGUGCGUUUCGAUUGCACGAUAAAUCUUAUUGAACUUCGGAGAGGUAUUUAAGAAGGAAAUUAUUAUUGUUUUAUCGGAAUACAAUUUAAAAUGACAUGCCGAUUCCUAAAUACUAUGGCGGGUUAUGGACAGGUCCGAGUUCACCGCAGCCACCUUUGCCGCCAAAACCGACCUGCAGCAACAGUCCGUCGGUGUGCUAUCCCGGGGCAGAGUGUUGGGACACACCCGAGGAACCGCGGUGUGGCCGGUGUCCCCAAGGAAUGGUGGGCGACGGCAAGAAGUGCAAACUUGGAAAGACGUGUAACAUGAAACCCUGCGCUCCAGGUAUGUUUUAAUAUAAUCGAUAUAGACACAUUAUGUUUAAAUCGAUUGUCACGCACAAUAUCGGUGGCAUAUUCACAACCGUGUGAAAACCUUUUUCAUUUCUCCGCAGUCCCUCACUCCAGAGCGUGCCCGCACGCGUCUAAUCGCCGAUUUAAACACGCCACUCCUGUCAGAUUUAUAAAUAACAGUAACAUAAAAACGUCGUUCUGUCGAAUACUUUUUUUUUUUUUCUUUCAGGCGUCAGAUGUCUGGACACGGUAAACGGUUUCCGGUGCGGACUCUGUCCGGACGGUUACGUCGGCGACGGCCAAAAGUGUCAACCGCGAGGAUGUGAAAUGAACCCGUGUUCCCCGGGUAAGCGGAUUGUCCGUCGAUGACUGCAUUUACGCGUUAAGAGAACGUUAUACCCGCACACUAUGUUGUGGCGAGGUAUUAGAAUUUUUAAAUCGUGAUAUUUCACGCACUCUUAUCUCGCUUAAAAAUUUAAAUUAUGGAAAAAAAAAAAUAAACAACGACACGACACAGAUCUUAUCUUCAAGUUCGACAAUAAGUCAAUUCGCUCUAAUAUUAAAACUAACAGUACAGAGUUGUCCCGCCUGCAGGUGUCGCGCGGUAGUAAGACGAAGGCGGCAUUAUGCGGGUAUAACGUAUUUCCUUAAAUUUCGGAUGUAGCCGACAUGGCUAUGUCCUACACGCGCCAGCACGACGAUCAAUCACAUUAUGUUUAUGUAACAAUACGUAUACACUUGACAUAACAUCUGUGUACAUUAUAAUAUAGGCGUACAGUGCACGCGUUGCGAAGAACCGCCGUUCUAUAUAUGCGGCAGUUGUCCGGCAGGCUUUACCGGCAACGGGACCAACUGCGUGGACCUGGACGAAGUGAGAUAACGACGAACUGAACUUAAAUGAUAAAAUAUAUUACAUUAUAAUACUGCGCUGUUUAUGUGAAGGGAAUUAUUUGUUUAAUAUAAUAUUGUAACGUAGCCGCGCGUCGCGUUUCGAUUUUGCAGUGCGACCUGGACGAGCCGUGUGAUCCCCGGGUACAGUGCACCAACCUGAGACCCGGUUACAAGUGCGGCCAGUGUCCGCCGGGUUACACCAGCGUGGGCCCGGUCCAAGGCAUCGGCGCGGACGGCACGAGGAGGACGGACGCCGGACGGCACCGGUGCGUGGACAUAGACGAGUGCGCUGACGCCAAGAACCACGGUUGUGCCGCCAACUCGCAGUGCAUAAACACCGAGGUAAUCGCGCGCGUUUACGGUGUGUAGACUGCAGUAGAACACACGCUGACGGAACCGUUCAGUUGUGUCGUCGUCUCGCUGACGAAUCGUAUAUAAUAUAUGAAUAAUAACUUCUAACCUGAAAUCUCUUGAAAAAAAAAAAAUUUAAAAAAACACAGUCGUAUUUUAUUUAAUGCACCGAAUAGUUUAAACUGAAAAUGUAUUAUUAUACGGGAAAGCGUGUUUUUUUCCACCUUGAGUAUUUAUAUUAUAUUACUAAAACAAUGUACAUAUCUAGAUACUAUAAUAGGGUAAUAUGCAUAAUACUCAAAGACCUACAAAAAGCCUGGCCCGUACUACAUUGGAUCGGACCGGGGUCUUUGAAACAUAAUAAAAGUGCUGGGUCGGGCUUUUUCUUUUUGUUCAGUUUUUAGGGCCAGGACGAGUCGGACUUUAAAUAAUCAAAUAAUAAACCAACGAUUAGAUCGGGCUUUUUAAAGUCAUGGAAUUACAUGGGUGGCCGGACUUGGAUUUUUUUUUACAAUAAUUUUAAGGGCCGGGCAGGUCCUUAACAAGGAAAAUUAUAUACAUAAAGUCAGUUGUAACAAUAUUGUUGUCAUUAAUUAUUAAAGGGUUUUCGUAUGGAUUUUCUUUAACAAUAUUUUUGAACCAGGCUUAUAAAAUCAAAAACCUAAGGCUGGACUUGGCUUUUUUCACAAAAUAUUUUGAACCGGAUUAUAUAGUAGGCAUAAAAAUAAAUAUUCUCGGACCGGACCCGGUUUAUUAAGAGUUAAGCAUUAUUUUCGGGCCGGACCAGGGUUUUUUAUCACAAAAUAUUUUAGAUCGGUUCGAACCUGGCUUGAAAAAAAAUUUCGGACUGUACUUGACCGAAAAUGAAUGGCCUUUGCAGGUCUAUAAUACGCGAAAAAACGUAACACGUUCAUUUUUUUUUCUACUGAUCAAGGGUUCGUACCGGUGCGGUGGCUGUCGGUCGGGUUACAUCGGCAACCAAUCGCUCGGCUGUCUGUCGAUUGAAAAUUUGAAAAAAACUCCGUGGAUGUGUCCGGAUGGCACGAAGUGCCACCAAAACGGAGAGUGCGUCAGAUCAACCACCGGAAAAUAUGCGUGCGAGGUGAGUUACGACAAUGAGCGUAUUGAGUGUUUGUAUUGAGCGACAAUGAGCGUUUCCUAUUUUCAUUUUUUUAAACUAUAACGAAACUCGCUCUGUUUCACUUUAUAUAGUGCGUCGUGGGCUGGGCGGGAAACGGAAGAAUUUGCGGACCGGAUUCAGAUUUGGACAGAUGGCCGGACAUCGAUCUCUCAUGCAACGACACGAGAUGUAAAAAGGUUAGUAAUGAUUACGGAAUAAUAUAAUAUUGGGUUAUGACCCCCGGAUAACGCGUGCAAGAAACCGUUAUGUUUUGUGUAAUACGUAUUCACACUGUGAUUUUGCUUUUGCCACCGUUCAGGACAAUUGCGUGAGAGUACCGAACUCAGGACAAGAGGACGCGGACCAGGACGGCAUGGGCGACGUGUGCGACGAUGACGCCGAUAACGACGGCGUGCCGAACACACCGGUAAGAGACGCGGAUAUGUACAAGUUACGUCCUGCGGAUAUUAUAUUCGUAUGGUCGUAUGGUUCACCAGUUCACCACCGUUUUAGAGGACAAAUAUUAACUUUAUCUUGCCCAAAUGAAAUUUCAAAAAUCACUGUAAAACCUCUGGUAGGAUGCAAGGAAGAGUGGGGGAUUAAAGAAGCUGCACUUGUUCCGUACAUAUUUGUAAAAAAAAAAAAAAAGGAUAACGAGAAACCUUUUACCGUAUGCUCGUUUUCAGAUAAGCUGUAAAAAAUGUUGAGGGGCUAAAGAUUUUUGGGGGACGUAACCCCCUUUAACCACUCGCAUCUUACGCAAAUGUGUGAAACAUUAAAUAUUAUACAAUCAAUUUUAUACGUGUCCAGUAUUCCUGUGGUAGUUGUCCUUCUUAAAAAGUUUACGGUAGGAAUAUAAAUAGUAACUAUAUAGAAUGUAACUGAACUAUUUGCCAUUUUUACAUGUAACUACAAUGUAAAAAUGUCAAAUAAUGUAAUGAUGUACGAUUAACUUAUAAAGCUAUUAAAAAUAUAAUAGCUUAUAAUAGUAACUCUUUAUUGAACAUAGCUUGUGACCCUGGCAUACAUAUUCAUGUAUAAGUAUUUGAAUGAGUAGAAUUAUUGAUGCGUUUUUUAAAUAUUUUCAUUCGCUAAGUUUCUCUUAAAUGCACUAGGCCGUUAAUUUAUUAAAACGUAUAUUAUAUUAGGUAUGUACAUUGUACAAGUUAUCAUAUUUUAGUCACAUACUGUAACAAACGUCGACUAUUUUUUAACUAAAAAUGAGUUAUUUAUUUUGCAAUAGUAUUUUUUGGUGACUAAUUCGUAAUAUGUGUUGUAAUCGUUUUAUUUUGAGAUAACUUGAUAUUUCUGAUAUUAUUCUUUGAAAAUGAAAUACUAGAGCCCUCAAUUAUUAUUGGUGCAUUUGGUGAGUGGUAGAUAAUUGUCUAGGUUCAUCCCCAGUAAACAAACGAAAAUGCGCCACUGUACGUAUUCGCAGGUGAAAAUUUAAAUAUCAUGUACACUUAGUUCAUUUUCUUUUCGUUAAGAGGACGCCACGCCCGCGUCUAUACUGUCUCAGACCAAAUACCGAGCAACAUGCAAAAAUAAUGCAGACUAAGUAAAACUAGCGUUAUUUUAAACAUACAGCUCGAUAUAAAAUGCACUAAAACCUUUUUUUUUAUUUUUUAAUAGUUUGUAAUUCAGAAAUACCAAUUUGAUUCCCUCCAUAUAAUUGUUCUCUAUAAAUUUCCUAAUAGGGACUUUUACACUAAAAUCAAAAUUAAGUUAGUUAUACUUAGUGUACAUAGUUACAUAUGUUAUUGACGUUUUUAUUACGCAGAGGAAAAAAAAUCUAAUCAAAAUCAUACAAAAUAGAAACAUUUUAUUUAAAUUUACGUACAGGAACACUCGCAAUAAUUUCGGCAUUUCCCGAACAUUUUUCCACGGAGUUUUAGUUAUGCUCAUGUUGUGUUUAAAGAAAUUUUAAAGUUUGAUUUCUUGAUGAACCUGGUAAUAACACCAGGUUAAGAUGGCCUAGGACGAAAAGAAACUUUUAUGCGAUUUGGUUUACUUCUAUAGGGCCGUCUCUUGACAGUAAUCAGUUUGUACAAUUUAUUUUAGAUUUGAUUUUUUUUUUCGCGAUUCUGUAGGACAACUGCCCAUUGGUUUCCAACCCGGACCAACUGGAUUCCGAUCAGGACGGCGCCGACAAAAAAGGAGACGCUUGCGACAACUGUCCAACAAUACCGAAUCUAGACCAACACGACACGGAUAACGACGGGAUAGGAGACGCUUGCGACGCAGACAUUGAUAACGACGGUAGGUGGAGUUUAAAAAAGAGCCGAUACUGGGGACGGGUUUAUCACUGUUAUAGGAAAAUUGGGAAGGUAGGAUACAUUAAUUAAUUAAAUUUAUAUUUGUAAGCAAUGAUAAACCAUUGCUAACGAAAAACGAUUCGGAGCAAAUUUCGAUAACAUAUAUUUUGAAAGGUAAUAUUUACGAUUUUCGUCAACAUUUUAAAAUUAACUUUUACACAUUUUUUUUUUAUUUUUUGACUACUACAUAUGACUUAUAAUGAACCUUCUGUUAAAUUUUCAAGCAUUUCUGUUCAGUCUAACAAAUUUAUCCAGAGUACUUACCAAACAAAAAUUGCAUACAAAACUCGUAAAAUUAAAAUGUCUAUAAAUAGCUCAAAAAUAGCUUAAAUAUUUUAAAUUAAAUUAUAACAAAAAAAAAAAAAAAUUAAAAAUAAAAAAAGCAUUAUUUUCGUACAUUUUCCCGUUUUUUCCAAGUUUUCUUUUCAGUUUUUCUCAUAUAUUAAAAAACUGCAAGGAAAAUUAAAAAAAAAAACUACCUGUCUUAUGCACCAACUAGAUAAAAUUUCCUUUUAGAAAAAGUGCUACGCUCUAUACACCUGAACAAAAUUUCUUUUUGCAAAGUUAAUAAUUAAAUAAAAAAAUAGACGGUUUUUCAAUUAUUAAGAAAACUAAUUGGAAUAUCAUAAUUAUAGUUAUUUUUAUAGUUCAAAAUUAAAACGAAAAACCUAUAUUGUUAUUUUUCAAUUGAAACAAAAAUUUUGGUAGAAAAAUUGUUUACAGACCGGAAAAAAAACGUAUGAUAUUAAAACCAAAACUGCACUCUUCAUCUGAAAUAAUUAAAAAAAAAUACUUUUCUCAUUAGCUCAGAACGUGAAAACGCAAAUCCUAUAGUAAAACUAAUACACUUAUGCUCAAAAUCCAAAGCAAUAGUCAAGUAAAUUACCUGUUAUACAAAUUUAAAUUUAAAAAAAAUGUUUUAUUUAAAAUAUUAAGUAUGUUCAUGUAUACAAAAUCCAUUAUUAAGUUCAAUUUUAAAUUUAUAUACUUAAUUAUUGUUUUGUAAAUUCAUUUAUAUAAUAAAAAAAUAUAUUUAUUUGAGAAUAAUAAGUCAAAAAUAAAAUAUUAUAAUUUUACCGGAUGAUGAUAACUGCAGGAGUGUUGAAUCACGAAGACAAUUGUCCGAAAAAAACGAACCCUGACCAAAGGGACACGGACGGCGAUGGUCUUGGAGAUGUCUGCGACAACUGUCCAACCAUGCACAACCCUACACAAACUGAUUCUGACAAGGAUCUGAUCGGCGACGCUUGCGACAGCGACAUAGACAGGGACAGGUACAAUAAGUUUUUGAACUUUUAUCAUAAAAAUAAUCCAGGUAAUAACGUCCGGACCAAAAUUUAACAGAGACGGCAUUCAAGACAGCGUUGAUAAUUGUCCAAAAGUUCCCAAUUCCAAUCAGCUGGAUACGGAUGGUGAUGGUAAGGGCGAUGAAUGUGAUCCGGAUAUUGACGGAGACAGCAUCAACAACCUACAAGAUAAUUGCAUGUUGGUGUACAAUCCGGACCAGGCCGAUUUCGACGGUCAGUAAACGGUAUAACCAUUGUUGUUUUUUAAACGUUUUAUCAUUACAAUAUUAAAAAAAAAAUAUCUCCAUUCGGGUGCGCUACAGGCAACGGCAUAGGAGAUAUAUGUCAAGACGAUAAUGACUAUGACAAAAUACCAAACCAUUUGGAUAACUGCCCGAAUAACUCGAAGAUAUUCACCACGGACUUUAGGACAUAUCAAACGGUAGUGCUAGACCCAGAAGGCGAUUCUCAAAUUGAUCCCAACUGGGUAGUGUACAACAAAGGUGCUGAAUUUGUGCAGACUAUGAAUAGUGAUCCUGGUUUGGCAGUAGGUUAGUAAAGUGCAAAAAUAAAAUAUUUAAUUCAACUAAAAUGUAUAAAUUAACCCCAAUAAUAAAAAAAAAAACCAUUAUUAUUCUUAUUAUUUAUUAGGUUACGAUUCAUUUGGUGGUGUGGACUUUGAGGGUACAUUUUUUGUAGACACCAAUAUCGACGACGACUAUGUAGGUUUUGUGUUCAGUUACCAAGACAAUCACAAGUUCUAUACAGUAAUGUGGAAAAAAGGAACACAAACAUACUGGCAGGCAACACCAUUUAGAGCUGUGGCUGAACCAGGAAUACAAAUCAAAGCUGUACAUUCAGAAACUGGACCCGGACAAAUAUUAAGAAAUGCUCUAUGGAAUACAGAGAGCACAGACAAACAAGUGAAUGAACAUAAAAAAAAUUAAAACUAUCUUGACAAUGUAUAUGGUUUUAUGUUCAAAACAGGUGAAAUUGUUAUGGAAAGAUCCACACAAUGGCGGUUGGAAAGGCAAAACGGCUUAUAGAUGGAUACUAUUACACCGUCCCAAAAUUGGUCUUAUUAGAUUAAGGAUAUUUGAGGGGCAAAAUAUGGUAACAGACUCUGGAAAUGUGUUUGAUUACACAUUUAAAGGUGGUAGAUUAGGAGUUUUUUGUUUCUCCCAAGAGAUGAUUAUUUGGUCAGAUUUGGUCUAUCGUUGUAAUGGUAGGCAUAAUAUUUUUGUUAUAAAUCAUAUCUGUAAGUUUAUUUAUUUUGUAAUUUUUUUUAGAUAAUAUACCAGAGAGUAUUUAUCGUGAAUUACCGCCAAAAUUGCAACAAGAAGUACAAUUGGAUACACGGCGAGUUUCCAACUAAUAUUAUAAACCAAUAAUGUGUUAUAAUAAUAUAAACUUCCUUUAAGUCUAAUAUAAACAAAAUAAGUACAUACACUUUUAAACAUACAUUAAUUUUUAGAUUUAUUUUUUUUUAUAAUUUACACAUUUUUUCAGUAAGCUUAAGUUUUUAUAAAAUUAGUUAUAAAACAAAUGAUUUAUGUUUAAUAUAAAUAAAGCAAUCAAAUCAUUAAGUUUUCUGUUUUUAUUUUUGUAAAAACCUCUAGAAUGUCUAGUAUUUGAUUUUUAAAACAUUUGUAUUUAAUAAUUAAGAUAUUUAUAAUAAAAAACUUACAGAGUACAUAAUAUGUAUGGUUUUAAAAAUAAAUCCAAUUAUUGAAACAUAACAGAAUGAAUAAAUAUUACAUUUACUCAGAAGUUGAAACUAUAUUGCAUUAGUUCAACAUUUUCUGUGGGUUUAUAUACAAUAAAAACAUUAAUAAUACUUAACACACUAAAUUUUAUAUCCCCUACCUUCCUGGAAUUGUUCAAUAAGACAUUUAAUAUGUGCAUGUACAUUUCAAUUGGUCCGUGGUCUCUUGAACAAUAAAAUGUGAGGCUCUGUAAGAAAACAAAAUAAUCAUUAAAUUAAAUCAUAUCAGCUAAAUGAUAAAAAAAAAUAUAUAUAUAAU